AUGCUUCCGCCUGAUGCUAUGCACGAUCUGCUUGAGGGAUUCAGACCCAUUUUGACACCUCUUUUGAAGGAUUUAAAACUUUUAGAAGACACAGGUAUAAAUAUUGCUGGCAUAUCAGGAAAGGUAAGAGGUUCUUUAGUGUCAAUUGUUGGAGAUAAUUUGGCAUUGCAUGAAAUAGGGGGUUAUACAACAAUUUUUUCUAGCAGUACAGGUCGUUUAUGUAGAUUUUGUAUGGCCACAUAUAAUACCAUGGAAAGUAAUUUUAAGGAAAAGUAUUUUACACGACGUACAAAACAAACUCAUGAACGCCAAAUUAACCUCAUAAAUGUAGAUAAUAGCUACAUGAAUUUGUAUGGAUUAAAAUUUAACUCUCCUAUGAAUGAUUUAAGAUAUUUUCAUACUAGUACUAUGCUUCCACCUGAUGCUAUGCACGACCUAUUUGAGGGUAUUGUUCCAUUAGAAUUAGCUCUAAUAAUUAGUAGUUUAAUUAAAAGUAAAUUUAUUAGUCUUCCUUUAUUAAAUAGAAGGAUUCGAUCAUUGAAAUUUGGCUUUAAUGAUAAACCUAAUAGACCAUAUGAAUUAAAAGUAAACUUUGCAAAAGGAAUUCAAAUGCCAGCUUCCCGUAUGUGGUUUCUUCUUAGAUUCUUACCUUUAAUGAUAGGUAUUUUUGUCCCGGAAAAUGAAAUUGUUUGGGAAUUUCUAUUAAUUUUGAAAGAUAUUGUAGAUAUUAUUUUGUCUCCAGUCAUAAAUACUGAUUAUGUGUCUUUGUUAAAGGAUCUAAUUUAUGAACAUCAUACUAUGUUUACACAAAUAUUUAAAGAAACUAAGUUGAAACCUAAACACCAUUUUUUAGUGCACUACCCACGACUUAUUUUAGAAUUCGGCCCUCUUGUACAUUUAUGGUCUAUGAGAUUUGAAGCAAAGCAUUUUAAACGUGUUGCCCAGGUUUCUAAGAAUACCAAAAAAUUUACCUCUUACAUUAGCACAAAGGCACCAAUAGCUACAACGCUUUUAUAAUAGUCAAGAAAGGGUCUUAGGAAAAAAUAUUGAUACAACCAAUGCAAAACCUAUUGAUAAAAAUAUUUGUUCUGCCUAAAUCACCAGCAUUUUAGUAGGCUAUAAACAGUUUUUCUAAACUUCAAAAGUACUAGUAUCAGGAAUAGCUUAUAAACAUGGAAUGUGU